AUGAUGUCUUCCUCCAAACUCCAAGACGCAGAUGAGGUUUUUGAUUUUAAUGAUGUGAUUCCAGAGACCCAGAGGUUGGACAGCAGCUUGCAGAAGGCCCGAGCCCAGCUCUCAGCCAAGGGUAGGCGGCAGCGGCCCUCCCGGUCCCGUUUGAGAGACAGUGUCAGCUCCACAGAAGGAGAUGACAUCUUGGAGAAGAAGGUGGGAGAUAGCUAUGGAAGCCCCCUCCACCGUCUGAGAUCCCCUCUUCACGGCUCUCUCCAGGCCUCCUCCCCGCUCUCCGGUUCCUCUCCAUUCAGUCGUGGCACUGAGUUCUCUUUUGACACCUCAACAGUCCGGAGGACAACAGAUCAGGAGGAACAGUUGUCAUCGCCCCUCAUCCGUUACCGGCCCCUAACCAAUACCUCUUCCCAGGAAGCCUUAGGGGGCACCCCCUCCAGCUCCUCACCCAAGUCCUGCCCCAGUUCCGAUAGCUCGCCCAUCUAUGCACGCAGGGAGAGGCACAGCGAAGAUGACAGCCGGGACACAAGUCCUCCAGAGCCCGCCAGCCCCACUAUUGGGCUCGACAAGAAAACCAGGAGGAAAUUUCUGGAUUUAGGAGUCACUCUCCGAAGAGCAUCAUCUGGGAAAAGCAGGAAAGAGAAAGGGGGCAAUCGGCUGUCUAUGGGCAACAGGGACCUGGUUGAGGGCACCAGCCGUUCCUCUGUGUCACCUUUCAUGCCUUUCUCCUGGUUCACAGACAGUGGGAAAGGCUCUGCUUCCUCGGGCAGCACUGCCUCACCCUCUUCCUCUCCAAAGAAUGAGGCCUUCAGCCGCAAGAAAUCUGCCUCACAGGAAUCUGCCCUCAGUGAUGACUCCACUCCCCCUAGCAGCAGUCCCAAGACCUUGAGCACAGCACCUCCCGAGACCAAAUGUUCCUACCCCUACCAUACGUUGUCACAGUCAUCUGAUGAGUUCUUGGAUGAACCUCUCAGUGCAGCUUCAACGUGGAGCAGUCAGCAAGUGGGCCAGUGGCUGGAGAGCUUGAGCCUGGAGCAGUACAUGGCUGAGUUUGCUGCCCAAGACGUGGAUGGUCAGCAAUUGCUACACCUUGAUGGAGCCAAGCUGAAGGCUCUUGGAGUCAGCAAUUCUCACGAUCGGUCUCUUCUAAAGAGGAAGCUAAAAGAGCUGAAUGCAGCAGUCGAGAAAGAGAGGAAAGCUCAGGAAAAAGUGGAGAAGCAGAAAGAAAAACAAAAGAAGAAGGAGCAGGAACAGAAGAAGAGUUAG